AUGCCUGGGGCAUGCAACGACCUGAACGUCUUGGCAAAGUCUCCAUUGUUUGAUGAGCUUACCGCCGGUACAGCACCUCUUGUCCAAUUCCAAGUUAACAACAGAGCUCACAAUCUAGGGUACUAUCUCGCCGACGGUAUUUAUCUUCGAUGGGCGACUUUCUUGAAAACUGUUCGAAAUCCUACACGCCCCAAGGAAAUCGAGUUUGCAAAGGCUCAAGAGGAGUAUAGGAAGGAUGUAGAAAGAUGUUUUGGUAUAUUACAGUCACGGUUUGGUAUUGUUCGAGGAGCUGCUCGUGGGUGGCAUAAAGAGGACCUUCGAUACAUUAUGUUGACGUGUAUUAUAUUACACAACAUGAUUGUCGAAAAUCAACGACCUGAAGAUAGCGAUGAUGAGUUGGAGUCUGAUGAUGAGGAGGUUAAUAAUAUGAGGCCCAGGAUUGCUGAGGUAUGGGAGGGACCAACCGGUAGAGACUUUGAUCCUGUUGGUAGAGAUGCUCAUCAUAUGAACGGAUUCAUGGACCGCUACCAACAAAUUAGAUCUGAGCACAGUCACUCCAACCUUCAGGAAGACCUCAUUCAACACUUUUGGGAAUUUCAAGGCAAUAGGCGUAUCUAG